GGAGCAUUGGCUGGGUGAACAUGGGUAACAGGGUCACCCGCGGGGACUUCGAGUGGGUUUACACGGAGCAGCCCCACACUCAGCGGCGGCGGGAGAUCCUAGCCAAAUAUCCAACAAUUAAAUCUUUAAUGGGACCAGAUCCCCACUUAAAAUGGAUUGUGUCUGGAAUGGUGUUGACACAGCUUCUAGCCUGCUACUUGGUGAAAGCUUUAUCUUGGAAAUGGAUUUUCUUCUGGGCUUAUGCUUUUGGGGGCUGCAUCAAUCACUCAAUGGCGCUAGCGAUCCAUGAUAUUUCACACAAUGUUGCCUUUGGUAACAAGCAGGCUAAGUGGAAUAGAUGGUUUGCAGUCUUUGCCAACCUGCCAUUUGGACUUCCUUACUCCGCCUCCUUCAAGAAAUACCACAUCGACCAUCAUCGAUACCUUGGUGGAGACACUUUGGAUGUGGAUGUUCCAACAGACUUCGAAGGCUGGUUCUUUUGCACUCCAUUUCGGAAAUUUAUUUGGCUCAUCCUCCAACCAUUCUUCUAUGGCCUGAGACCUCUUUAUGUGAACCCCAAAGCAGUUACUCAGAUGGAAAUAUUUAAUGCCCUGGUACAAUUCUCUAUUGAUUUUAUAAUCUACUACUUAUGGGGCCUGAAGCCUGUUAUUUAUUUAAUAGCAGGCACAUUACUUUGCAUGGGUUUGCAUCCUAUUGCCGGGCACUUCAUAGCAGAACAUUACAUGUUCUUAAAAGGCUACGAAACCUAUUCUUAUUAUGGACCUCUCAACUGGAUCACCUUUAAUGCAGGCUACCACAUGGAGCACCAUGAUUUCCCCAGCAUUCCUGGAUGCAAGCUGCCAAUGGUGAAGAAGAUAGCAGCAGAAUAUUAUGACAACCUUCCGCAGCACCAAUCUUGGGUUCGAGUUCUCUGGGAUUUUGUUUUUGAUGACAGCAUUGGUCCUUACUCACGGAUUAAGAGAAUAUGUAAACUAGCAACAGAAAACCAAUAGAUUUGCUUUAGCAUCUUCAUUAAUAAUGUUAAAAAAAAUCCAAUUUUCGUGAACUUGAGUUUUCAGAGCUAUAAAUGAUCUGAAGUAAUAUUUCUAUGCACUUACCUUUUCUGUAGUACCAAAGGUGAUGAAAUAUUGAAGGAAACCACAGGCACUGUUUUAGAAUACUGUAAAUUUUAUUAAAAGGAUUUUUGCUUAUGUAACAUUGCUCUUUGGCAGGAUAUCACACAUGUAUGUUUAUAGCAGAGGCUACAUAGAUGCACCAUCCUUUGUAUCUGGGUGAAACUGUUACAUUUUAAAUCCACAUUAAACAUUUU